GUUUUUCUCGGAACGUCAAAAAGAGACGUGUGACAUGAUAGCACGACAGCGUCGAAAUGUUGAUAUAAGAUAAAAAAAAAACAGUAGUGAAUCGCACCCUGAUUGUUGAGCCACUUCCAGUUCUGAUAGUUGCUCGGUUGGAUCUCUGGCUCUGCAUUUCCUGAAGGUUUGUUUGUAAACCUAACAAAGCUUGCGAACGGAACUUGGAUGGACCUGAAAAAGCAAGAACCGCUCAGUGAUGGAAUUGCUGCGCCAAUGUGGAAGUUCUGGAAGCGACGACGCACCGUGGUAGCGAUGAUGGCCUGCCUGGGAGUACAGUUUAUGUAUUUGAACCAGCUGAGCUUCAAUGUAACGCUGGCGAGUAUAACUAAGGAACAAGGCAACGAAGAGUGGCUUAGGAUGAAAAAUUAUCUAGUCAGUUCGUAUUUGUUUGGGUACCUUUUGACGCAAAUUAUUGGAGGUGUUCUAGCUCCCAAGUUGGGUUCAACAAAAAUGAUCGCCACCAGCAUAGCUGGAAGCUCCGUUCUGACCCUGUUGACACCCCUAGCAUCUUACGGUGGAGUCGGAUGGCUCAUAGCAAUCCGGAUAUUGCAGGGAACGUUUCAGGGCGUCGUAUUCUCCUGCCUGCACGAACUAUGGACCCGCUGGGCACCUCGCAGUGAACGCGCGCAUUUGGUACUGACAGCACUCGACGGAAUCCAGAUGGGAACGGUGAAUGCGCUGUGCUUGGGUGACCUCUUGGUUGAAUUCGUGAGCUGGGAAAGUGUAUUCUAUAUAUUUGGGAUUUUUGGAUGCAUUUGGUGCUUCUUUUGGGCUAGAACAAUCAAAGAUCGUCCAGAAAAAGAUCAAUAUAUUAGUCAAGCUGAAAAGGAGUUCAUUUUGCAAAGCUUGGAUGAUGUAGAAGGUCAAUCAAAACAUCCCUGGAAAGAGAUUCUCACUUCUCCAGCCGUUUUCGCUUGUGCAGUUGCCAAUUUCUGUCAGAUCUGGGGUUCCAACACUAUUCUAGCCAAACUACCAUCGUUUUUGAAAGAGAACUUCAACUACGAGGUUGCUCCAUCGGCCUUCAUUUCAACACUUCCGUACCUGGCAACGACAAUUGCGCUGAAGAUUGCUGGUUCUCAAGCUGAUCGACUCACGGGACUGUGUACGACCACCCAAGUGCGACGGAACUUCACCUGUGCCGCGUUCAUAGCUCAGGUGAUCUUCAUGCUAGCCGGAGCGCUGGUUUUGAACGCAAUUCAGACCUCAAUCCUGAUGUCGUUGGCCGUUGCCAUGCGAGCCCUGGGUUGGGCCGGCUACAUCGUAAACCUGCUGGAUUUGUCACCGAGUAGCGCGGGAGUUAUGAUGGGGUUGGUGGGAACGGUUGGAACCAUAGCGGAUAUCACGUCACCUUUGGUCACUGGGCUUCUUACUCCAAACAGUACGGUUGAUGAAUGGAACGUGCUAUUCCUAAUUACAGCUGGAAUCUUCCUGGUUGGCUGCUUUGUAUACUGGAUAUUGGCUUCUGGAGAACUUCAACCGCGUGAGCAGGACAAACGUCAAAUCCAAGAUGCUGAAAGCUCUUCCAUCAACGAUUUUUCUACUAAUUUGUAAUCAAACAAUAAAGAAGUUUCUCAGAUGAACUCGUCACUAUCUCCUUUCACUACCCACCGGCAUGCCGGCAAUCUCCCCCAAACAUACAAUAAAUGAUAAUUCCCGUCAGCUUUCGAGUGCCCAUCUCUAAUAGCAUCA